CAAAUGAUGAGAAUUAUAAAAAAUUAAAAGAAGAUAAAAAGAGAUUAAAAAAGGAACUGUUAUCUAAAGAAAGUGAAAUAAGUAGUUUAAAGAAAAUAUUAGAUGACCGAGAUAAAGAAACAAAAUCCAAUUAUAUAUCUUUAAAUGAAGCUAGGAAAAUUACUUAUAAAGCAUUAAGAAAAGGAUCAGCAGCACAAUUAUUUAUAAACUUGAUAGAAAGUAAUAAUAUAAAUUAUAAAUUAAAAAAAGACGCUCUUAAUAAAUUAAUUACGAAUGCUUUUGGUGCUAUACGUCAUGAAAAAAAAGAUAGAUAUCAGAAAUUUAAAUAUACAGAUUCACAUUUGAAAUUGUUUAGACAAGAACAGUUAAUUCUACUAGCAGAGAAUGAAAGAUUAACAAUACAACUAAAAGAUUUAAAAAAACAAUUAUUAGAUAAUAAAAUAGAAUAUAUGAAAAAAAACGAAAGGAACUUAAUUACAUGUAUGAAAAGAAAUACAAAAGACAAUAACAAAAUUUAUAAUAAAUAUAAUAAUAUAGAUAGUAAUUAUACUACUUAUAAUAAUAAUAAUGAUGAUGAUAAUGAUUAUGUAGAAUUAGAUGCUGAUAUUGUUGAAAAAAA